AUGUCGAUUGUUGAGAACGCUAAAUUAACAACCGGAACCCGGUGGGGGUCUGGGCCAUGCAUCGGAAAUACCGGAUCGGUACCUCGGCUUGGGAUCCCUAAUCUUUGCCUUCAAGAUGGACCCAACGGAGUACGGUAUACCGAUUUUGUGACCCAUUUUCCUUCGGGGCUUGCUGCUGGUUCCACGUUUAAUAAAGGCUUGAUUUAUCUUAGGGGUAAAGCAAUCGGACUUGAACACAGGCGUAAAGGGGUGAAUAUUGUAUUGGGACCCACUGUUGGCCCCAUCGGAGCCAAGGCUGCUGGAGGGAGGAACUGGGAAAGUUUUGGCGCCGACCCAUAUCUUCAAGGAACUGCAGGAGCCGCGACAGUCGAAGGAAUGCAAGAUGGAGGAGUUGUGUCUGUAGUACGCCAUUUUAUUGGAUACGAACAAGAACAUUUCCGUCAAGUUGGGGAGUGGGAUGAGAAUGGUUGGGAUCAACAAACCUGUUCCAUAAGCUCUAAUAUUGCUGAUCGUGCAAUGCAUGAGGUGUACAUGUGGCCCUUCGCAGAAGCCAUUCGGGCUGGCGCUGGCGGGGUAAUGUGUUCAUACAACGCUGUUAAUAAAUACGAAUGCUUGUGA